AUGAGACUUCUAGACUUCGCUAUAACGUGGAUCUCAUUUGCUUCCAUCACAUCAGCCGUAUGGCUAGACACAAAUAAUGAAACCACUAUAAAAGAUGCCACCAAGUUGAUUGCUAAAGGUCUUCUCGAUUAUUACCAAGGUAACAAGUACGGUGGCACUAUUGGUAUGUUCUCAUGGCCAUACUAUUGGUGGCAUGCUGGCGGUGCUUUCGGAUCGCUAUUGGAUUACUCAUACUACACUCAAGAUACUCAAUAUGACGACUUGAUUGAGCAGGCCCUCACGUAUCAGGUGGGUGAAAACUACAAUUAUAUUCCCUUGAACCAAAGUACAACGGAAGGUAAUGAUGACCAGGCCUUUUGGGGUUUCGCAGUGAUGGCUGCCGCUGAACACAAUUUCACCAAUCCAGAGGAUCCCAAAUUGGCUUGGCUUGCUCUUGCGCAGGCUGUUUUCAAUACUAUGAGUUCAAGAUGGGAUAUGGACCAUUGUAACGGUGGAUUGCGUUGGCAGAUUUUCCAGUGGAACUCCGGCUAUGAUUAUAAGAACUCUGUCUCGAAUGGCGCUCUUUUCCACAUGAGUGCUCGUUUAGCGAGAUACACUGGAAAUGAUUCUUAUGUGGAUUGGGCUGAGAAAGUGUUUGACUGGAUGUACGGUGUUGGCCUCUUGACUGAAGGGGAACAUUGGUUCGUUUACGAUGGCACACACGCACCCGACAACUGUUCGAACGUCACCAAGUGGCAGUGGACGUACAAUCAGGGCCUCAUGUUGGCUGGAUGUGCUUAUUUGUGGAACUAUACUGAAGACGAGAAGUGGCACAACCGAACUCUAAACUUCUUGAAAUCAGCGGAGGUAUUUUUUUACAAGAAGCUGGAAGAUGCUCAUAUCAUGUAUGAAGCUGCUUGUCAAAGUCCCACUUCUAACCAGUACUCGUGCAACCAAGAUCAGCGGUCCUUCAAGGCGUAUUUUUCGCGCUUUUUGGGACUCACGUCGAUUCUUGUUCCCGAGACUUACGAUCAUAUUCGUCGCUGGCUCGUCGACUCAGCCAACGCUGCGGCAUGGUCUUGUGUAGGUGGUUCAGAUGGUCACACCUGUGGUCUCUCAUGGACCAAUGGUACUUGGGAUGGUGUUUAUGGACUUGGUGAACAAAUGAAUGCCCUUGAGGUUAUACAGAAUUUGUUAGUGGCAGAACGUCCUCCACCAUUGACAGCAGAUACUGGUGGAUCAUCUAUCGGAAACCCAGCAGCUGGUUACGCGAUUGCCAAAACAGAUGCGGAGCCACUCGACCUUCAUGCCAAGGACAAGGCGGGUGCAAGUAUCAUAACUGCAAUUAUCGGAGUUGCGAUCAUAGGAACUGCUACUUGGUUGGUUAUAUGA